GUGACGCACAACAAUGAUAUAUGAGAAAAAAUUUAGGGGACCGCUGCGGAUAGCCUAAGCAAUCUGCAACCCUAGGUGGAUGACGUCUCCCACGCACCUCGCUCCCCCAGUCCUGCACUCGUGUUCCUGUAGCCGCCACCCCAGCCCCUGGACGCUCGGCUCGAUCCCUCCCUCCUCCACCACCCGUUCUCCUCUAGUCAUCCUCCUCGCCAGUCGCCAGGUGUCGGCCGCCGGUUGUGCUCCCCGUCAGGCGUCAGCGUGAUCCCAUCGGUCGUCGCAGAAACACAGUCGCUGCUCGCCGUCACCACUCGCCAGGCGCCGGUUCUUCUCCAAUCCACGACUCAUCGGCUCUCCAGUCCUCCGUCCGUUACCGAAUUUAAAGUGCAACGUGCCGAUUCUUUAUAUGUACUUCUGAAUGCUUGGACCUGGUGUGACUACAUAGCCUGGUAUUCAUUUCAUAAAUGAUGGAAAGAAGAUUGGGACGGCGUGUAUAUUUGAUUCCCAGAACCCUUCCCUUUAUGCAACUCAAUGCUAUGUCCUCAUUCUCAGCUGGCCAUGGACGCCGACCCAAGAAGAAGGUAUAUCACCGUGAACCUGGUCUUGACAGGGCCAUGGAUCUUCAAAAGAAGCCUGCCCUUCUCCUUCGUCUGCGUGACCUCAUUUUGGCACAAAAGACAGGAUCACUACUUGUGCGUGACCUUGAAAAGGAGGUUGGUUUUGUCCAAAAAUGGAACUUUCUUUCACUUAUCGAGCGUCACCCCAAUAUCUUCCAUGUCUCUGGUGGAAGUGCUUCCCGAGAGCCCAUUUCUGUCACACUUACGGAGAAGGCCAGAAAGAUAUCCAGUGAAGAGGCUGAAGCGCGAGAGCUAAUGGAGCCAAUCUUGGUGAGAAACCUUAGGAAGUUACUGAUGAUGUCGAUGGACUGCCAGAUUCCUCUGGAUAAGAUUGAACUAAUCCAGUCUGAACUGGGCUUACCUAACAACUUCAAGAGCAACAUGAUUCCAAGGUACCCUGAUUUUUUUUCAAUCCGUGAUGUGAAGGGACUGGACCAUUUGUGUCUGGAGAAUUGGGACUCUUCACUAGCAGUCACAAUACGAGAAGAAAAAAUGAACUUUGAGGGUUUCCAGAUAGGCUGUAGAGGGAUUCCUAAAGAUGGAAAUGUCUUGGGUCCUUUUGCUUUCAAGUUGAAGUAUCCAACAGGAUUUAGGCCAAACCGGAAGUACCUUGAGGAGGUUGUCAGGUGGCAGAAGAUGGCAUUUCCUUCGCCUUAUUUGAAUGCUAGACGAGUCGAGUCUGCAACACCACAGUCUCGAAAGCGUGCCAUUGCUGUUCUGCAUGAGAUUUUGAGCCUUACAAUGGAGAGACGAUUGACAUCUGAUAAGCUAGACAUAUUUCACAACGAGUACAGGCUUCCAUGCAAGUUACUUCUUUGUUUAGUGAAAAAUCAUGGCAUCUUUUACAUCACUAACAAGGGAGCAAGAAGCACAGUCUUCCUCAAGGAGGCUUAUGAAAACUGUAACCUAAUUGAUAAGUGUCCUUUACUGAAAUUCUAUGAUCAGUUUGCAUCAUUGAUUGGCCGACCGUGCUCCAACUCAGACAACAUGCUGGCAGUAUAAUUGGAGUGUGGAUUUACUGAUCAGGAGACAAGCUAAAGUCGGUGCAUCUAUUUUGUUGAAACUCAGAUCAGCUCAUUGCACAUGCAACUACAAUUUAAAUUCAGUGGAAAGUUGCUGUUUGUUUCAGCUCAGUAGCUAAAGAGAACUAAAGAAUUGAAAAAGUCAGUGUCUCAUCUUCAAAUGUGAAGCCAUCUGAGAAGUGAAGUAGCAGCCCUGCAAACUAGACAAAAUAAUGCUUAUACCAGAAGUCAAAGAUCAGGACUGGUUUAGUGGUGAGAGUUGUCUCACUGAGUCACUAGGUCACAUGUUUGAAGCAGCCUCUCCGCAUUCGAGGGGGGAAGGCUUGCUUUGCUUUAUCCCUUUCCCAAACCUUACUUAUAUAUGGGAGCCUCCGCUAUUGGGUCAGUCUGAUACUUGUACCAGAAGUCACAUCUUUAUUCUCAGUUUCUCACAGUUGUAGGUUUGGAUCCUAGGACACCAUAUGAUUGAAUUAGGAAUGUUCUAGGAUUAGCUCCUUUAUGCAGCUUAUAUCUCAAAACAAUGUUAUUUCUAUAUUAUUAAAGCCGGUCCAAAUCGGCGAAGACGGGUCUAUCCACGCCGGCGUCGCUCGAUCGUCAAUCAACAACUUCCAUUCUCCUCGCUCCCUCUGCCUCUCGAGAGUUCCAUCUCGUCCCUACGGUCGUCCACUGAAGCUUCCAGACGAUGCGAGUCCAUGAUGCCAGGAUCCCUCCAAAAUCGUCACUGCGAAGUUUGCAUCCCUUCCCCGGCGGCCCGGCCUCAAACGCCACCUCGCUUCUACCCCCUCUUGUCCCCUCUCCGGCCUCAAACGCCGCCUAUGCCGCUCCAUGGGCGCUUCGUGCCCCCCUGCCCGCACGACCUCGCUGUGCGCUCGCUCUGCGACAUGGCCACACCACAAUAUAGCCCACAUCGUCCGCUCGUCGACCUACCACCUCCGCCGCCGACCGCGCUUUCCCUACUCACGCGUCGUGCCGCGGCCACGACACCACCCACUUCCGUAACAUCAGCGACACGUCGAGCUGCACCGAGGCCAUCAGUGUAGGUCAUGCCCUCCAAUAAUUUCUACCCGAUGUCGCUCCACAUUAUUCUGAUAUGGAGCAUGAUUAACAGCUUUGUGAUUAAGCAUUGCCAUGCUUCGAGCCAUCACGUUCAUCAAAUCAACUUGCAAGUUACAGAUUGUGCUACUACAUCAUUCCAUGAUCCUAUUCCAUGCCUCUUCAUCACUGCUUAAAGAGGAGUGGUCACCUAGUCGAGGCUGAACAGAGGACGAGCACGCGCCGCAGGGGGCCCUCUGCAGACUGCAGCCACCGUGCGAUGGAGGGGGUGCAGCUACGAUUCAAGCAGAGGGCCGCUGAAACACAACAUGGCGGCAGGAGAGGAGGGUGGCGGCAAUGGAGAAGGGGCGAUGACACUAGAGAAGGGGGUGGGGCGCUAGAGAAUGGUGCACGUGCGACUGUGCGCUACGUAAUGCGUGUACCGUAUUGGUACAGGUAGAGCAAAACAGUGUUUGUGUUGUACAAAUGGUGAGUCGUUCCAUGUACCAGAGACCGGAUUAGAGGCCCAAAACAGGUAUAACUAGUCUACCAUAACCCCUAGCCGGACGACUAAUCAUGAGUAGUCGACGACUAGGAUGACUAAUCGUUUGCUAGUCGCUCUAGUCGAGUCAAAGACCCUAAUUGAGCUUGCACUAGCGAUUAGUCGGACGACUUAAAAACCUUGCUCUAGAGUCUAGCCAUUGUUCUUUGCAAGGAUGCCAGCCCCAAAGAGUGUUGUUUCAACCUCCAGCACAACCAUUCCUCCUGAGAUGUUAAAGCUCAAGUCUCUGGCCAUUUCUAGUCUAUGAAGGAUCCCUUUUGCCAUUGACAAUUGUCUUGAGAUGUGCCCAACUUUUUUCUGGCUCCAGGAUUGCAACUGCUGUGAUAGUCUACUCAACUUAUCUGCAAAACGUUGGAGAGGGCAUGUAGCUUCAUCCGACUGAGACCAUGAACUUGCCACCUCAUCUAUGAAGCCAUCGAGCACCAAAGGACAGUGAUCCGAGAUCAAAGAAGCAGUGCUUUGCAAUAAACAGUCCAGAAAGAUGUCCUCCCAUUCACUGGUAUACAAGACCCUGUCCAGCCGAACCAAGGUCGGGGAAGACCGUUUAUUCGACCAUGUAAAGCGCCUCCCUAACAUCAGUAAUUCCAUAAGCUGAAGCUCAUUAAUAAGCCUCCGAAACCGACACUUCAUAGCUCUAUCCAGAUUACCAUUAUUUUUAUCUUCUGCCCGGCUUAUAAGAUUGAAGUCACCCCCUAUCACCCAAGGUCCCUGGCACAUAGAACGCACCAAACGGAGUUCUUGUAAAAACAAAAGCUUCUUAUCAUCCAGAUGUGGACCAUACACUCCCAGUAAGCCACCAGGGUGAGGCAUUGUGUUGAUCAAACUGUCAUAAACCUCAUUAUGGUUUGCAGUGUGCUCACUCAGAAUUUUGCCCUGUGGCUUUUGCAUCCUAUACAAUCAGCAAAUUCAUGUUGCAGAUUGUCCUGUUUCUGUUAACCAAGACUUGUGCGCCUGGGAUUAUUAGCGCCACUUCUUUGUGAUGCGCUAGUAACAUCUGGGCAGAGGGAACUCACAGUAGGGUCAAAUAUGAGAAAUGCUCGCCAAUGAAUUAUUUCUUUAUCUAUAUCCAUCAGGAACAGGUAUGCGACCAUGUAAUUGUCAGGCUAUUUCAUGGCAGGUAUGCUGUACUAUCGUUUCUUUUUUUUGGUGAAGGUGCUGCUUUAUGUCAAAAUUGAUAGUUGUCAAAUAAAGAAACUUUCUGAUUGAGUGCUGACGGACUGAUGCCAUUCUCUCUCUGAAAGCUUGUGGGUUACAUUGUUGCUUUGCCGAAUAAUGGUCAACCUAAUAGGGGGGCACUCAGUGCUGUUGUUGAUCUGGGAUCAGAUUCUAAAUGCGGGGAAAAGCUCUAGCAAUGUACCAAAGUGGCUGUCCACAACGCGCAAGGAAUGCCUCGGUGGGAGAUGCAUCACCCUGAUGUUCUCGAGACUCAACUGCAACGCUAAACGGAGCUUUCAGUGGGAUCUGUUGGAAUAAUAACCAGAUGGGCAUAUUCUGAGUAAAGAUCAACCGACAAGAUUAUGAAUGGUGUGGACACAUUGAGGUGAAAUCAUGCUAGCUGGCUGCCGCUCGGUUUAUAGCCCAUGAAAGCGAGGAGCAUAUACGGGGUGUGCAGCGAUCGGGACCAGGUUGUGCAGACACCACAAGAGGGCACCUAUAGUAGUGGUCAUGAGCCUGGUCAGAUGCAAUAAAAAGCUAGAUUUUGAUGGGAGUUAGUGGCUGAUAGUUUAGGCAAGCCUAUCCUGAAGUCAUCCGAACGAAGAAAAGGAUGGAGACUAGGCGCCCUUUUAGUAUCCUGCUUUUUUCCUUCUGGUAUAGGUCUGGCCAGCGCAGACCACUGCCAUUGUUCACCUGAUGUCUAUCCAUUGGGAGGAAAGAGAGCACACCUUAUUCAGGCUGUGCAACCGUCUCUCUUUGGCUUGCUUGGAUGAUCAGACUGAAACAGUCCCUGAUUUGAACAUCUGAGCCUGCUCAGCCGUCGCCGUCCCGUCUGCCUCCUCACCCGGACAAGAAUUUGGACUAUGAGCGUCACCCUGGAGUCUGGUUUCUUUCCGACUCCUCCAGCAGCCAAGUCAUUUUUCUACACUUGUCUCAUCUGGAGAAAGCAAUGUGUGCAUGCUUACUCUACAUAUCCAUGGAGUCAGUAGGGGUCCAUCAUCGUGGCGUAGCAUUGUGUGGUUUGUUUUAGGUUCAGAUUUCGCGAUCUGGGCGUACAACCAGGGCUGCCUGCCUGCUUGCCUGUCCCUCUUUACCCAAUGCAAUCCAAGGUUUUGUUAAAGUUAAGCAGGUAGGCAAUGAGGUCGUUUGGUUUUUUGGUGUCGUGGAACAGGAUGAUCAGAUGCGCAGCCCUAAUCGCUGAUUGCCAGCCAGCCUACCUGUCUGUCUUUCUGACCAAGUAACCAUCGGUCUAUUUCUUAUGGUAGCUUUCGUAGCCAUUCGCCUUUUUGCGUUAGCGUUAGGUCUCUGUAUUUCUGGCUUCCUUCAGCAUCAAUCGGCCUCACUCGGCAUCCCUAUCUUUUUUUUUCCUUGCUCUCUUGUACUGUUGUAUCCUGUUCUACCGCAAACAGAACCUUGCACGACGCAUCACUGUUCUGCAUUUAUUCAUUUAUCUACUGUUUCUGGAGAAACGCAAAUAAUAAAAAAAAAUCAGACGAUACAAUUUUGUGUACGGUUUUUUUUCCUGGUCUAAAACUGCAUUCUCUUUUUUUUACAGGCCUCCAGUGCUGCAAGUGGGUUGCUUCUAGCAUGAGCUUCCGUGCCGUACUCCUAGUUGCGAGUUUGCUUCUGGAGCUUUCUUGGGGUGUUUCUUUCUCUGUCCUGUAUGUUUGCAGCAAUUAGAGAGACGCUGAUGGUGGGUGGGAUGGAAGGGCCGCCGCAUAGAUCCAGGGAAAGAGAGACGCGUUUGUGGUCCAUCCAUAUGACUGGAGAGCCUGACCCUGACGCCAACGGCAAGCAGCAGUGGCGGCAUCCAGAUCCUGGCGCACCGACUGCACCCGCCCGUCCGGCACCUUCUUUCGGCGGCAGCGGCACUCCGCGCGACACGGGGCCGUGUCCGUGUGGGAUGGGAUGGGAUGGAAUGGAACAGUAGGCUUUUUGGCAUUUGCGAGGACGCCCAGGCCUGACUCCUCUGAGGCCAUCUCCAUCUCCAGCAGGCCGUAUAAACGGCUGUCGUUUAGGCAUGCAUUAACCAGAGUAUGAGAUUUAUGGGAGCACCUUGAGUGGCUCAUGGAUCCCCUGGACUAGCGUGCGCGGUCCAUCACGCGGUGUCUGUUUCUGAAUUGAGGGUACGAGGGAGCAAUAAUGGAGCAGCCAUGGAGAUUUCACCCAACAACAACAACAAAGAAAAAAGAAAUAAAAAGAGGAGAUGAAUAAGAAUGGUUUACCUAUCACAUUCCAACUUCCCUUUCAUUAUCAACAUUCCAACUUCCUUUUCAUUAUCAACAUUCCAACUCCUUGCCCUGUGACAGAGGCUGAAAGCAGGAGCGAUGAUUCCGAUCCAUCGCCACCCAGUGGAGUGGAUGUAACAUCACAUUUUAUCUGCACCUCUCAUCCUCCGCUUUGCGUGGUCCUACUACAUAAACAUAGACACGCAUGUCCAUGUUCUCUGCCGCCAUGGCCGCCAUAGCAGCUGGGCCUGCUUCUGCUGCUGCUGCUGCCACCACCUAAUGUGAAAGGUUGCUAGUGUGCCUUAAAGCACAAGGCUUUAUUAGCUUCUUUUUUCCCAGGUGGUUACUUCAGAGUCACAGAGCAUUUGGUAAUAAAGCCGUACCGUGUAUAUGCAUAUGCAUGGUCAUCUCAUGACAUCUAUAGUAGUGUGUGGGCGGCAAUAAUGCUAGCUGGUUAUAGUAGCCACCAUCAAGGUGGAUCUAUCUAUGCGGCUGUUUGGUUCAGCUUCUGGGCGGCUUCUGGCCGCCAGAAGCUGAAACCAAACGCCCAACUUCUGGCGCGGCUUCUGGGCGAAGCGAUUGGGUAAGAAGCCGCCCGCCCACUUACCUCGCGAAGCGCCGCUCAGUUGGCUUUCGUCCGAAGCCGCGCGCAGUUAGCCUCUAGGGUUCCCUCGCACGCUCCUCCGCCGCCGUCGCGAACCGAACGGAGCGCCGCCGGUCCGCACCACACGCAUCGCCGCCGGUGUACGCAGUGACGCCGACGCCCUUGCUCCGUCCUCAAGGUUCCGCGUCGUCCCAACCAUCGCGUCUGCAUCUUCGUAAGAUUGUCGUAUCACUUCGAGUUCAAGGUGUUCGGUUCCAAGAUCAUCUGGGAUUCGAGGACUUCGGUUGCAACCUCCAGUUAAGCAAAGAUGGAUUCAGCAGACUCCAUAGCCGACAAGGCAAUUGGAAGGAUGCAAGAGAUUGCGGACAAGAUUUUUUGCGUAGCUCGUGAAACUAUUCGUCCAGGACGCGGGUUGACCUCAUUUGAGGCAACCAAAUUACGUGUAGCAUUGGAGGACAUUGCUUGCAUGCUUGAGCAAGACUCUCUGGUGUUGCAAGAAAAAUUGGACAACGUGAACAACGUAAACAACCCUGCGGACAGGAGCUAUGAACCGUCUGCCUUGUCCUCACCACCCCCAGCUGACGAGUACCUUAGUCCGGAUUGGGACUUUGCUGAGCACUUUGCAAACUUCUGGGGUGUUGAAUAUGACUCGGACCAGAUGCCAUCGUUUAGUGACAAUGAAGUUUAACUUCGAUCAUGUUACAGUAAGGUGUUAGUAGUUCGACUGGGAUAGAUCAGGCUUUUGGUAAAUGGGACUUUGAAAACUGUUCGUUGUGCUUUUGUGUUGAGCAGCACUUUCAUUUCGUCACUCCCUUUAUGUAAUUAUGACAAACGAAUGUGAACGCUUAUGGUACUACUUUUAUUUCAGUAUGGUCAGUUCCCUAUUAACUUUGUUGUCGUAGUUACUGAAACUUGAAUACGUUUUUUCAAUCGUGUACACUUUUUGUGAGUAGAUGGACAAGUCUGGCAAAGUGAUAGCUAAGUGGGAUAGUAGAGCAACCAAAAUUUACACAGAAAUAUGUGUAGAAGAGGUGAAUGCACGGAACAGGCCACAACAAUUCCUAAACACCGAAGGGUAUGCUAACCUGAUAAGAAAGUUUAAGGAACGCACUGGUCGCACGUACACAAGGGAUCAAAUGAAGAAUAGGUGGGAUUCGUUGAAGAGAAUGUUUACCCAGUGGAAAACUCUUAAUGAAAGGGCUACAGGUCUUGGUCGAGACCCUCAUACUGGUUCAAUCAGUGCGCCAGAUGAGUGGUGGGCCAAGCAAAAUGAAGUAAGUAGAUCUUUUUUUUCCUAGACUAACAAUAGUAUUGGCCAUCUAAAACUAGGAACUACCAUUUGGUGCAGGCAAUGCCAGGAUGUAUUAUGUUCAAAACAGCCCCCCUAGAGAAUGAGGACGAGCUAAAGGUUAUGUUUGGACCCAUUGUCUGCACAAAUGAAAGAACCCUUGUUCCUGGCGUCGAGGAUGCUAAUUCAUCUUCUGAUGAUCAUUUGGAAGCCACUUUAGGUGGGGGUGAAAACAGCACACCUGAUUGAGAGCACCUAGAGGGGGGGUGAAUAGGUGAUCCUGUAAAACUUAAAAACUUAAGCCACAAAACUUUGAUUAAGCGUUAGCACAGUUAAUGCCAAGUGGCUAGAGAGAAGAUCUUGCCCAAUACGAUAACCACAAAGAGUUCAACACAGAGAAGACACAGUGGUUUAUCCCGUGGUUCGGCCAAGUACAACACUUGCCUACUCCACGUUGUGGCGUCCCAACGGACGAGAGUUGCACUCAACUCCUCUCAAGUGAUCCAAUGAUCAACUUGAAUACCACAGUGUUAUGCUUUUCUUUUCUUAUCGCGUUCGCGAGGAAUCUCCACAACUUGGAGUCUCUCGCCCUUACACUUGAAGUUCACAAAGAAGCACGGAGUAAGGGAGAGAAGCAACACACACAAAUCCACAGCAAAAUGCGCACACACACGGCCAAGAAAGGGAAAUGCGCACUAAGGCUUAGAAACAUACCUUUACUCUUGAUUUGCACUUUGUCCAUCCAUGGGUAUAGAUUUACUCUAUAUGCUGUAGACAUAUGGGGCAGGCAUUUCAGUCAGGCUCCUAGAAGAACAUUGGUCGAAUCUGGUAUUCAAUGGGUUCAGAGAACGUUGGAGAUUAGUAACGACUGUUUUGACAUGUUUCGCAUGCGAAGAACUGUUUUUAGACGAUUGCAUGACACGUUGGUACAAAAUUAUGGUCUACUUCCAAGCCGGGGUGUUAGUACUAUGGAAGCUCUUGGCAUAUUCUUGUGGGCAUGUGGGGGUCCACAAUCGUUUAGGCAGAUCAGAAAUAAAUUUGGUCACUCAUUGGAAACAAUUAGCCGCAAGUGUAGUGAUGUCCUUAAUGCACUUUAUAAGAUGUCAUCUGACAUAAUCAAGCCGAAAGACCCACAUUUCGUCGAGAUUCAUCAUCGUUUGCGAGAGCCAAGGUUUUGGCCACACUUCAAGGAUUGCAUAGGCGCAAUAGAUGGUAGUCACUUUCCAGCGGCAGUCCCGGCUUCGGAACAAGCGAAAUAUAUUGGCCGACACGGUUACACGUCGCAGAAUGUAAUGGUCGUAUGUGACUUCGAUAUGAGGUUCACAUUUGUUGUGACAGGAUGGCCAGGUUCCGUACAUGACACAAGAGUACUACAGGAUACUUUAAUAACUUAUGCGGACAGGUUCCCCCAUCCACCGGAAGGUAAAUACUAUCUUGUCGAUUCGGGUUAUCCAAAUAGAAAGGGGUACCUUGCACCUUAUAAGGGUCAGAAGUACCACAUUACAGAAUGGCAAAAUGCGAGGCAACCUAUUGGGAGCAAAGAAGUAUUCAACUAUGCGCACUCAUCUCUACGAAAUGUUAUUGAGCGAUCAUUUGGGGUGCUCAAAAUGAAGUGGAGAAUUCUAUUAAGUCUCCCUUCAUUUUCGCUUGAGAAACAAUCCAAGAUAAUUAUUGCAUGUAUGACAUUGCAUAACUUCAUUAGAGAUAGUGCUCUACACGAUAGAGAUUUUGAUGAAGUAGGAGCUAAUAGCCUAAGUCAUGAUGUACCUGCAGGUGAGAGUAGUACUAGUACAUCUGAUGAGUUAGACAUGAGUGAUUUUCAAGAUGCAAUUGCUAAUGCAUUAGUGUCGUAGUUAACUUAGUGAUUGUAACAGUACUUAUGAUGUAAUCAACUCCACUAAUUAUUGUGUAAUGACCUUUAUCUGCGUUAUGGCUUUCAUUU